AUGAGGAGAAUAUUGGGAUAUGGUAGGACCGGGAUUACCGGGUCCAAGAGCGACAUUUGGCUUUUGGGUGUUUGCUAUCAAGUUGCUCAAGAUGAUGAUAAUGCUAAUUCUUCGUGUUCUGAUCCGACUCAGAGCGAGGGUUUUGCUGCUUUUGUUGAUGAUUUCACAUCACGGAUUUUGAUCACAUACAGGAAAGGGUUUUUGCCUAUUGGAGAUUUGAAGUAUACUAGUGAUGUCAAUUGGGGUUGCAUGAUUCGAAGCAGUCAGAUGCUUGUUGCUCAGGCAUUCCUUAUUCAUAAAUUAGGAAGAUUGUGGAGGAAAUCUCCGCAUAAGCCACUCGAUCAAAGUUAUAUUGGCAUAUUGCAUCUUUUUGGGGAUUCCGAGGACUCGCCUUACUCUAUCCACAAUCUUCUCCAAGCUGGAAAAGCUUAUGGCCUUGCUCCGGGAUCAUGGGUAGGCCCAUAUGCCAUGUGCCGCACCUGGGAAAUUUUGCUCCGUAGUAAGAGAGAUGGGACUGAAUAUGGAGAGUUGUCCAAUCUUAUGGCUAUACACGUGGUUUCUGGUGAUGAAGAUGGGGAAAGAGGUGGAGCUCCUGUUCUUUGCAUUGAGGAUAUUUCACAACACAUUUUUGAGCUUUCUAGAGGCCAAGUCGAUUGCACUCCUAUCCUCUUGUUAGUUCCAUUGGUUUUAGGACUGGACAAAAUCAACCCGAGGUAUCUUCCUCUGUUGAGUGCAACAUUCGCAUUUCCGCAAAGCCUUGGUCUGUUGGGUGGUAGACCUGGUGUUUCAACAUACAUAGUUGGAGUGCAAGAUGAGAAAGCAUUUUAUCUUGAUCCACAUGAAGUUCAGCAGGUUCUUAAUAUUAAGCCGGAUAAUGUAGACAUUGAUACUUCAUCUUAUCAUUGCAAUGUUGUGCGGCACAUGCCUCUGGAUUCUGUCGACCCGUCCUUGGCGAUUGGAUAUUACUGCAGGGACAAAAAUGAUUUCGAUGAUUUUUGUUUACGAACAUCGAAGUUAAUCAGUCAAUCGAAUGGUGCUCCACUAUUUACAAUAACCAAGACCAGAAGCUCUCCGAAGCCAGCCAGUCACCCUGGCAACUUGCAGGAUAAUGCUGAAAGUCGAGAUUGUGAUUCCAUCGACAGGUUGCCUACUGGCGAUUCAGAGGAUUGUGCUCAAGAAGACGACUGGCAAUUGCUCUAA